UAACAGGUCACUACCAGUAGCUAUUCAUCACGGUGUGCAAUCUCCCUCUACACCGCCUGGUUGGAUCAAGGAAGUGAAGAUGGCGACGUCCCAGAAACUGGAGGAACAUUUUCUCACAUGCACUAUAUGCACAGAGGUGUUUGACAAUCCAUGUACCCUUGUGUGUUAUCACACCUUCUGUCGGAAAUGUGUGGUCAACUACACCAAAACCAAACCAGAAGCCAUCAGUGCCAAGUCUCUCCUGUGUCCAUUCUGCAGCAAGAUGACGAAAGUGUCUUCCCCGGAGAAACCAGUGGAGGAGUGGGCGGAUGAUGUCAAGCCCAGCUUUGUCAUCCAGGGUCUCUUGGAUUCAUUUGGCCCCGGAUGUAAAGAUACGAAAUAUUGCACGUGCUGUCAACGCGAAGGGGAGACAACUCCAGCCUCUGUGUGGUGUUCUAUUUGCGAUGACGCAUUGUGUGACGUAUGCGAGAGGGUACACAGACGCAUCUCAUCCACUCGCCAUCAUGACACAAUUGAUCUGUCAAGCGAGGUUAUUAUCCCCAGGAAACGAAAGGUCAUGUGUAACGAACACAAGGAUGAAUGCAUCAAAUUCCUGUGCAAAGAUUGCAAGAAAGUCAUCUGUCAAACUUGUUGUAUUAUCUAUCACAGGAAAUGUGACUCGGUUGUCACACUUGAGUCGGAAUUACCUGCUUUAAAAUCCCAGCUUCUGAAUGAGAAGGAAAACAUAAUGAAGAAACAAAUCCAAAUGAAAGUAAAAGUUGAUACAGUUAAGUCGAAUGGGAUCUCUGAAAAAGCUCGGUAUGCUCAAAUGGAAUCAGAGAUCAAGUCUUCCGGUAAUAAAGCGAGAGAGAAGAUCACUUUCAAGGAAAACAAACUCCUAGAUGAACUGAGAGAAGUCUCGGAAAAGCACAUUGGACAACUGACAGCCGACAUUAAGUCAGGGGAAAUAUCAGUACAGAUGUACCGACAACAGGUUGAACUGAUAGACCAGACUCUACAAUCUGAGUGUGACAUGGAUGUGUAUGAGAUGUAUCAGGGAUGUGAGGUCGGUGAUGUUGAGGCUGCCGGAGCCGCAGACCUGAAGGAUGAUGGGAGAAUAGCCAGGAUCAUGUUCAGACAGGACACGGAUCAGCUGAGUAGAGCACUGGACGAUCUACAGCUGGGUGAGAUAGACAUCCAGUAUGAGGGUGUGCUGGACCUGAAGGCUACUCAUGGCUUACAGGAUACCAUUAACAUCAGAGUUGCGGGAGAUGGAAAUACAGCAUACCCGUUUGACGUGACGACUGUGGUGGUGAAUGGCACAGACACACUGGUAGUCACAGACUACAACAACAAGAGUGUGAAGUCCUUCUACACCAAGACAAAACAGCCAGGUCACAGCAAGCUCAGCCUGAGUAGUGGUCCGUGUGGUAUAACAAAGUUGAAACACAACCAGGUGGCGGUCACUGUGCCAGAUACCAGACAGAUUGUAACAGUUGAAGCCAACCCUGUCCUGGUGCUGCUGUCAACCAUCACAACCAAGAAACAUUACCACGGUAUAACGUCUCUGACACAAUCAACACUCGCAGCAUGUGUCCGGUCUCCCCCCAGUGUGGAUAUUUUGGAUAUUACGGGACACGUGCUGAGGUCAAUCAGUCCAGUCCAUAGUGGAAAGACCAUCCUACAAGAUCCCAACUUUCUUUGUACCACCAGAACAGGAAACAUCCUUGUGUCGGACCGCAGUUCCAUGUGUGUCCUGUGCCUGACACCUGAAGGGGACGUUGUGUUCACCUACACCCCGACAGGAGACACAACACUGACAUCUCCGUGGGGUAUCACAAGUACCAGCACAGGCGCCAUCCUGGUUGCUGACUACUCUAAACAUAAAGUUGUUCAUCUGACUGAGUCAGGACAGUUUGUUAGACACUUCCUUACUGCAGAUGACGGUGUCUUGUACCCGUACGGAGUUUGCGUAGAUGGACGUGGCCAUGUGUAUGUUUGUAAUCACAUCUCAGGUGAAAUUAAAGUAUUCAGUAGUGGUAACACAGUAUAGACCACUGAUUCAUAAUCAACUGAUCAUUCCAUCUGAAGUUAUUAUAAGUACCUACAUUUACCACCACCUCCUAACUGCAGAUUCACUGAUGUGGUGUUGACAGAUCAUCAGCUCAGUGUUGACAUGGACCCAUGUGACCAGUGUCAGAUCUUCCCUGUGUCAUAUUUUGUGUGACUGAGUAUAACUAAUACAUAGUGUGACUGUGUUGAUCAAUAUAUCUUCACUUAUUUGUACCAGUGCAUAUCACCUUUAACUUUAGCUUAGAAUUUAUGUUACAGCUAUGUGUACAUAGAAUCAUUGCACUCCAUUAAAAAAUGUUCAUAAUUCUUUUACAUGAAAAUUACUUGUAUUUGUCUAUUUUUACCUGUUGUUUAUGAGGAUAAUGCUUUUUUGAGCAGCCCUGAAUUAAGGAAUAAUCAAAUUCCGUGCAGGUGACACACUUCUUUCAAUCUUGUUCAGGAGUAACAGACUUUUGUGUUUGAAUAUGAAUCCCUCAAGAUAUCAAGACAUUGAAGAUCUGUGUUCAGUUUGAUAUCAAGUUUCAUACUACAUCUCAAUCACAAACUGCUUUCAAUCUACAUGUUUCCAAUAAACACGGAUCAAGCACCCCAUGUGAUAGGGCUAUUUUAUAUAGUCUCUGUAUGAUGCACUUCUUAUCAUAGAGUUUAUAUUUCAAAUUUCUUUCUUUCUUUCACGAUCUGUAGUCUUUUAGUUUAGAAAUAUUCUACUACGUUCGAAACGAAGAGGCGAAAUUAUUCCUGAUAACCGUUGGCGUUAGGCAAAACAAAUCAUAAUGUUAUGAAAGGCAUGGAUCGACCAGCCGUUCAAGGAGUUCGUUGUUGAAAGUGAUGGUAAACCCAUUUCACUCACUCACUGAGGCCAGAGAAUAUAAACAUUGAGUCGGUAUGCAGUAACAGGACAGUGGGGUAGCCUAGUGGUUGAAGCGUUUGCUCGUCACGGGUUUGAUUUUACAUGAAAAUUACUUGGAUUUGUCUCUUUAUAUCUCUUGUUUGUGAUGAUGAAAUGCUCUUUUGAGCAGCUUGGAAUUAAAGAAUAAUCAAAUUCCGU